CCAUUGACUAGAAUCGUGCUCUAGGCCGGACAACGGUGGUCCCUGUGCGGUCCCUCGGAGUUUAGCUUCGGUUUCGUCCAAUGUUUUGCUGAGCCCACUUCGCGAAGUUCUAAGUGCAGUGCUUCAACGGCAAGUGACAUUCAUAUUAGCGAGCACGAUGUCCGGUCGUCGGGGCUCGGUGACGGACAGUGGACACCGAGCGUCCAUCCAGCCAGUCUUGGAACCAACGCCGCCAUUGGCCAAGCGACGCUUCGUGCACGGAGGAUUGCAGUAGCAUUUUCCUACACCCAGUGUUCGCGCUGCUGUGUGCUGCCGUUCAUCAACGAUGGAAGUCGAGACGCACGUCGAUAAAGACUGCAGCGCGCUUGGCAGCUUAUUUCAAUACAUCGUCAAUGACCUGAAGGGUGGAACUCCAAUAUGGGAGGAUUUCUUGGCAAAGGCAAGCAAGCUGCAUUCUCAGCUGAAGAUUACGGCAUCAGUUUCAGCUGCCUUCCUAGAUUCAUUCCAAAAAGUGGCUGACAUGGCUACAAAUACCAAAGGUGCCACAAAAGAAGUUGGCAAGGCACUGACCCGCCUUUGUCUUCGCCACCGCAGUGUUGAAGCAAAGCUCCGUUCAUUUACCAUGUCAAUCAUGGAGCAGCUAGUUAUUCCACUGCAAGACAAGCUAGAGGACUGGAAGAAAAGCACACUACAACUAGACAAGGACCAUUCCAAAGAAUUCAAGAGGGCACGUCAGGAGAUCAAGAAGAUGUCAACUGACACCUUGCGGUUGCAGAAAAAGGUUAAGAAAGGCAGCGGAAAGUGGGAGAUGCAGCGUAGCCUGGAGUGUGCUCUGCAAGAGAUGAGUGACCGGUGCCUGCUCUUAGAGGAGGCUGAAAAGCAAGCAGUGCGCCGUGCCCUGGUUGAGGAGAGGGCCCGAUACUGCCUUCUGGUGGCCUGCCUCACACCAGUCUUGGAAGAGGAGCUGUUGAUGCUGCAAGAGACAUCCCAUUUACAGGAGAUUUUGGAUUCCUUGGCCAAGCUUACUCGAAAUCCUGAAUGCCUUCCCUCAGCUAGUGAACAGGUCAUCACAGACCUAAAGGGGUCUCAAGGCACUUGGACCUUCCAGACGCCACCAGGCUCCCCUGUUCACACUGGUGGCAGCACAAGCAGUUCCUUGGGUUCACGUAAAUCCAGCAUGUGCAGCAUCAGCAGCUUCAACAGCUCCUCCAGUGGUAGCACCAAGUCUCAUUCUCCCUCUCAUCAGCUGCGGUGUCGGACAGCCUCACAGCAGCCACCUGUAGGAGGACCACUACGGCUGUCAAGUGUGUCGUCACAAGAUUCUGGCUUCACUUCACAGGAUACCCUGUUUUUGAGGCCUCCAUCGCCCCGAGGGACUGGUAUAGCUGCCCAGGUGUCGGGAGGGGACACUGGAGCAUCAUCACUGCCAGGCUGUGCUUCAAGUAGUCCUUCGUCACCAUUUCCUACUACGCCCUCGGUGACUUCCACCUGGCCUAAUUUGCAGGACAGCCUGCAAUUUGAGCGGGCCAUGAAUUCAGUGCUGCGGUGCCAAAGACCACACACUAUCUCUUCUGCAUAUGAGCGGUCAGGCCACCAGGCAAGGCCUCUGCUUACGGCGGAGACGUUUCAACCCCUUGAAGGCGACUUACUGAGUGGCUCCAAUCACAGUGGCAGUGCUGACACACUGACUUCAACAUCGGGGGACAGCUCAGAUGGCCUGGAGCUGGCAGCACAGUCUUUGACCACAGGUGGGGCAAGGCCAAAGUCUCCCCAGACACCCACUAGAGGGCCUCGGCCACCAGUACCCAUCAGGACCACAUCGAGCACCAGUACUGCACCUUCUUUGCCAGAGAAGCCAGCUGUGUUGAAACAUGCAGCCUCAGCUGUGGCUACAGUAUCAGGUACACAACUACCAAGUCAAGCGACUUCUCAGCCGAUAUACGCAAAUGCAGACGACCUGGCACUGCCAUCUUCAACACUUUCUGGCACAGAGUCUCCUCCAUUGCCACCACCUCCUGUCCAGGAGUCAUUGCAGGCAAUUGCAGCAUGGGAACCGGAUAAUGCGAUGCCUGUGAGAAGAGGAUCAGCAUUACAGGCACAUGAAGCCUACAAGACAUAUUCACCAAGUAAUGCCUCAAUACGAUAUGAAGGGCUGUCCAAGUCUUCAACACUCCCUGCUAAGUCGAGCUUCCGACGCGGCUCACAGCCACCACCACCUCCCCCUGUGCGACGGACCCCUUCAAUCACAAGCACUCAGGGUUGUUCACCUUCAUCUCCAAGCUUGCAACACACUCAAGAGCAAGCUACUGUUGACCGGGGGGGUCAGUCUGUCAGUGAUAACGACAACAGUUCUACAAGCAGGGCUAAGUUGAUACAAGCACUCAAUGCCCGUUUCUCGAAACCAAGUCCACUAGAACAGGCUGGUCUUCGAUUCUCGCUUCCAUCAAGUCACACUGAAGAUGGCUGUGGCCUUCCACUACCAGAUCCACCAGAUAUGUCAAAUUUUGACCUGGAGUGUGAUUCAAAGCCUUUUCCUGCUCCACCACCAUUCCUUGAAUCACUAGAAAAUGAACCAUCACUCGAUACAGAAGGUGAUGCUGCAUGUGUUUUCAGAAAGCAAGCACAACAUGAAAAAAAGCUUCUGCGUGCUCACACGAUUGGACACAGUGAACGUGAUGCUCUUAUUCAAAGUCUUAAUGCUAAAUUCUCAACAUCUGAAGCAACAUCCAUUUGUGAAGCUAAGGCAGCUGUCCGUAAAGGUUCACUUUGUGAAUCAUCUGUAGCAUACACUCGGCCUAGUGCAGGGGCUGCAAUGAAAACUGGAAAGGCGCCUCCGGAAAUGGAUUUCUUUCGAGCCAACUUGGAGCAAACACUUCUCAAACGUGAUCUCAGGAGAGAUCCACGAAACAGUGUUGCUGGUGGAACAGCUGAUCCUUCAGCAGAGAACCGCCGUAGCAGGUCUGUGGGGCCAGUGCCAUCUGGUGAAAAGAAAAACAACUCAGCGGAGCGAAGACAGUUUCUUAGCAACCUAAAUGCUCGUCUCGCAGAACAGCGAAGAGUGUCGCUGCAACCAGCUCAACAAGCUCCAUCCCCAAAGCAGGUAGCGCAACCCAUGCAGCAAAUGACAUCCUUCUCUACAGGGCAGACAACAGUUCCAGCGCCAGUAUAUGUGCACACAGCAGCACCUGCCCAAAUUCAUAACAUGCAAGCAGUUCAGUCCAUUGCUGGCAUGCUUCCCCAGACAUCAGUUGCAACAGCACGUCGUGGCUCCUUGCAGCCAGACGUUGAGUUUGGUUCAAGACAAAACGGUGGUCGAGCUGCUCGAGUUCAGAGCUGGCUAGCAUCUCGUGGUUCCGUUGAUCUGACUGCAUGCCGAGAGUCACUUAUGGAUCAGAUUCGGCAAGGUACAGUGCUGAAACGAGUUGCAUCUCAGAGUGAUCGCUCAACACCGCUUUUGCUGUGACGUUACCUUGUGGUUUUCAUCUGGCACAUAUGAUGAAAAGGACACUGCGACUUUGUGACAAAGACAUCGAGAAAGAUUGAAGCAGGGUGGAGUGCUUGGGUGCCUUCUGUGCUGCUGUAGCUACUGUGCUCUGUUUCAUUCCUUGCUUUAAAACUUUGUUGGCACUUUAAGUAUACCGCACCACAGUACUGAUGGUGUUGAAUAUGUAUUAUUUAUUUGCCUGUUAUUUUUUGUGUGUUCAGAAUGUGACAUGUGCCACUUAGCUUGCAUAAAUAAUUCUAAGGGCUACCUGCUUAGCAGCCGUUAACCCAAAUGUCAUGGUCAUAUAUAUUUUUUACAUCUAGGUCAUUGUAAAUGUUACGCAUAUCUUGGUAUGUUGUGUUGCAUGGUUUAUUUUCUUAUGUAGAGCACACGUUAUUAAGUGCAAUGGGAGAGUUCAUAUCACUAAAUUUUUUGUUGGUGUGGCAUGGAUGUCGUGCAUCUCUUACGAGUAAUUUUGGGUAUUGUUGCUUUUACCAUCACUGUCAUGCUUGUCUUGUGCUUGAAGGGAGCUUUAGCCAUUGCCAGCUGUUUGUCAUAUGUAUUGGAGCAUUAUAGGACCAACUCAUUUUUUAGAGUGCAGUAUCUUUUUACAGCAAGACAGUCCACCAAAAAUUAGAAUAUCGUUCAUGAAAUUGCUUUGUGCAUUCUUCAUUUGUGAAUAUAUCAUUUAUUCUUAGCAGCAAAGUUUCAUUGAAGUUUCAUUCUUGUUAGUAUCUUAUUGUACGUUGAAUUCAGUCUAGGAUGUUUUUUACAUUAGGGCUUAAUUCUUUGACAGAAACUUAUUCCACAGUGUUUAAUUUUCCCAGCCGGGUUGUAUACAAAGUUUUCCUAAUGGCUUGAAGGGACAUGAGAGUAACUUGUUCACAUUAAGGAAGUUUUUGUAUAAACAGUGCACUGUUGGUACUAUUAAGACACAAAUUAUUGGUUCUUGCAUUCAUUUUGUUAUCUCAUUAGGGGUGUUCAAAUAUUUGAAAUUUCAAAUCAGAUAGUUCAUGCUGGUCAACUUGUGCUCAAUUAGAAAAUCCGCUGUUCAAAGUUGUCAGAUAUAUUUUUUUUCUUUUGGAUAUAUAAGGGAUAAUGCCACCUAAUGAAAUCCUGAAAAAAAAAAAAACAGUCGAUGUAAGAACUUCACUAAAUGAUUCUUCAUUACAGUACCUGCAGUUAUUGUACAGGGGCUGUAGUUCCUUAGUGAAUGCAUACGGCACAUAACUGCUACUCAAUAAUUUUCAGUCAUUCAAUAAAAAUGACUUGCUUUGAGAUAUGUCAUGUAUACACAUUUGUUAGGAUUUCUACUUUGACCAUUCUCAGCUUUCUUCUUCAGAGAACAAAACAUUCUUGUACGCAAGGCUGGUAACAUUUUUUGGUAAUAUCAUUGCUGUGUUGCCCCUUAUAGUUUAAAGCAAUUAUUAUUUACAAGUUCCUUGGCUUUAUAUUGAUGGCACUGUGAAAAUCAGAAAGUAUUCUAUAUUCGGGAGCCACUUUUCUCAAAUAUUUGUAUUCCAGUUGGAAAUUUCGUUAUUAGCACACCCCUAGUUCACAUCUACUAGAAAAGGUCUGAACAUUUUAAGGCAUGGAAGUAUAAUCAUAGCUCAGUUUGCUAAAAGAUGAGGUGAAUUGUUGUUGGGGAAUAAAAAUAAAGCAUUAACGUACGUGCCUGUUACAGCUGCUGGCCACUCCUAUGUGUAAUAACAGUGAGUAGCAGGUAUUUCAAGGCACAUUUCGCUCUGUGCUAAUUUAGCAAAGCACAAAAUUGCUGGAAUUUUCUGAUUACAUGACUAGCUGAAAAUAUCUCAAAAUUUAGUUGCAGCUAUUUUGUUAGUGCAUAGGAAAUGAUCUCUUAUAAUUUCCAUAUUUUCAAAUGUUUGAGCUCAUGAAAGCUGCGACAUAUUUGUUAACGUAAUGCAGAAAAAUGAAUGGUGCAUUUUCAAGAAUAUAUCAUAUUUGUAUGUUGAACCCAUGUUUCAGAUUAAGUGAGCUUAUAUCUUCUUUCUUUGGUGCCACUGAGAAAGACGGGGUGUUGACCUUGCUGCAGUUCCAAUACCUUAAAGGGGCCCUGCAACACUUUUUGACCAUGAUCAGGAAAUGCUGCCGAUUGGUAGUCGAGGCUCCUGUGAACAUGUGAACCAAACAAUGUUGCACAGCAAGCGGUAUGGAACUUACAGUGAAUUUCAAAGUCAGCUAGAAAUUGCUCGCUCUUCUCUCAACAAAUGACGCCAUAUGCCAAAAAUAAAGUGUGUUGUAUACCCAAAAGCACAUGGGCACAGAAAUUGGCGGAUUUGAGCAUUGUGAGAUGCAUAGCGACUGAGGCCGCGGCAGUGUGCCACGGACAGUCCGUGCCAUGCUCUACAGUGCUAGAAUUACACUAUAGAGUUACACCGGCGUGAUCACAUUUGACAGCGAACUGCACAUUCAAAGAAAACGAAGUGCUCAGGGUCAUGACGUGCACUGAUGUAGGGAUGUAGCUUCUUGCCCCUUCUCAUCCUCUCCUGUGUAGCUUUCAGCGCGCUCACUGGGAUGAAAGGAGAGAGACAGUGCCUACAGCAGGGGUCUCAAACACGCAGCCCGCAGGCCACAUGCCUGUUGCGAGUAAUAA